CAUACCUUAGGCAUUCCCAGCAGGGUGACUCUCCUACAUUGUGCUGACAGCUGACCUGUGUUGUGGGGAAGUCGGGAGAGUUUCCAGCCUGUCUGCAGUUACUCUCACUUAUCAAACACAACAGUGAAAUAAAGAGCUUUUUCUCCAAACUAAUCCAGCUGGACUUCGAGCGCUGACUGUGGGCGUUUCUUUACAAUGUGGGGCAUUUGCUGCAGAACUAUGGUGGGGAGGGCGAAACCCUGCGGCCUCAUGAAGCUCCGUCACCUGGUGAAGCCGGUGUCUGUGACUCGAGUCUCCGGCAGAUACCUGACGCACCAGAAGGGCCUGCCCACGCUGCCGGUGCCCCCCCUGCAGCAGACCUGCGAGCGCUACAUCUCGGCUCUGGAGCCCAUCAUGGAGCUGGAUGAGCUGAAGCACACCAAAGAGCUGGUGGACGAGUUCCAGAAAGCAGGAGGGCUGGGAGAGAGACUUCAGAAAGGUCUGGAAAAGAGAGCACAGAACACAGAGAACUGGUUGUCACAAUGGUGGGUGCAGAUUGCUUAUCUGGACUACCGGUUGCCCGUGGUGGUGCAUUCAAGUCCCGGGUUGGUCUUACCCCGCAUGAACUUCAGAGAUAAACAGGGACAAAUAAGGUUUGCUGCCAAACUGAUAGCAGGUGUUCUGGACUUUAAGACAAUGAUUGACAAUGAGACCCUGCCAGUUGAAUUUAUGGGAGCGAAGCCCCUGUGUAUGAAUCAGUACUACAAGGUGCUGUCGUCCUGCCGUAUCCCCGGCCUGAAGAGCGACUCGGUGGUGAACCAUGCCAAAGGCUCCAGACCCCCGACACACAUCACUGUAGUGCACAACCAUCAGUUCUUUGUGUUGGAGGUGUACAACAGUGAUGGCACUCCACUGACAGCGGAUCAGUUCUGUGUUCAGCUGGAGAGGAUCUGCAGCUCCUCCUCUCAAACAAACAUGGAGCCCGUGGGCAUCCUCACCACGCAGCACCGAGACUCCUGGGGCAAGGCCUACGUCAACCUCAACAAGGGUGAGAUAACACUCCUGUUAGAGCCAGUAUUUCGUUUUGAUAAGAAAGGCCACCUAAUCAUGACGUCUGUAGUCAACCAGAGCAUAGAAGACUACAAUUCCCACAGCAGUGAUGGGCAACCUCUUAGAAAGACUCCGUCGAAGCACAGUUUUUUACUGUUCAAUUUUCCUUUGAGUUAUCAAGUUAUAUAA